AUCAUCAGCUGGUGUACUUACGGUUCUCCAGCCGUCCACUGCAUCGCAGCAGGUUUGGGUUUCCAUCUGGGUAGGGGCUUGUGCAUCGCAAGAACACGCAAUAAUGGCAAAUUCAGUGCGCUUGCUGGCCAAUGUGUCCCAAUUGAUGCCUCGCAUACUGCUUCCCGCAGGAACUACCAGCACUCCGCGAAAGUACUUUUCAGGACAGGCACAGCCAGCACAUGCAACAGCGAAGGCAAAAUAUGGAGGUCGUUUCAUGGUUACAGUGCUGCCCGGUGAUGGUAUCGGUCCCGAGCUGAUGAAGCAUGUUCGUGAAGUUUUCAGGUAUGGCGGUGUGCCUGUGGAUUUCGAGGAAGUUCACCUCGACUCUACCCAGGACGAUUUGGACAACGUUGACGAAGCCAUCAUAGCCAUCAAAAGAAAUGGAGUUGCCCUGAAAGGCAACAUUGAAACGAGACACAACUCACCAAAUCACAAGUCCCGCAAUGUGGAGUUGCGCCUACGGCUGAAGCUCUUUGUCAACAUUAUUCACUGCAAGAGCCAGCCUGGUGUUCCGACUCGCCACAACAACAUCGACAUUGUGCUGAUACGCCAAAACACUGAGGGAGAAUACAGCUGCGCCGAGCAUGAGAGUGUUCCGGGCGUAGUGGAGAGCCUGAAGCUGAUAACAAGAGAGAAAUCGGAGGAGAUUGCGCGCUACGGUUUCGAGUUUGCACGACAGAAUGGGAGAAAGAAGAUAACAGCUGUGCACAAGGCCAACAUCAUGAAACUGUCCGAUGGGCUGUUCCUCAAGUGCUGCACCGAAGUUUCAAAGGAUUACCCUGAGAUUGAGUUCGACAACAUGAUCAUCGACAACUGCAGCAUGCAGCUUGUGUCAAACCCAUCACAGUUUGAUGUGCUUCUACUGCCCAAUUUGUAUGGCAACAUCCUAACCAACAUCGCCUGUGGCCUUGUUGGUGGACCGGGCAUCACCUCUGGGAGGAACUAUGGCCACGAUUACGCUGUGUUUGAAACUGGAACACGGAACACCGGAAAGUCCAUCGCUGGCAAGAACAUUGCCAAUCCCUUGGCCAUGAUGAAUGCAGGUGUUGACCUGCUGGAUCAUCUGGGGUGAGCAUUCUGUACGAUUUCUGAG